CGUCGUCGUCGCAGUCGCCUCCUCUGCCCCUCUCUCUCUCCCACUUUCUCUUUCUCCAACAGACCUCAUCAUCACUAUCAUCGCCGCCACCGGCCUCACUGCGCCGAGCAUCUCGCGCUACGCAGCUUCAUCUGCGCCGACUUGGCUGUUCGAUCACAAGGGGCGGUGACAGCCUGCACAACCAAUUGGCUCUGCUUCUUUGUUCACUGCGCAUCGCAGCACUCCAUCGCCCACGAUGUCGACGGGUAACGUCAAGGUAGUGGGAAGGUUUCGCCCUCCCAAUGCUCUCGAGCUCAAAGAGGGAGGUGACAUCGUUGUCGAGUUCGAUGAGGGAGAGAACACAACUGUCAAGCUAAGGGGUGGUCCGACCACUGGGCCGGAAGCAAAUGGCUUUACUUUUGAUCGGGUGUUCCCCAUGAACACGAGGCAGCAGGAUGUCUUCGAAUUCGGCAUUAAAGAGACAGUCGACGAUGUCAUCAACGGCUACAACGGAACGAUCUUUGCGUAUGGGCAGACGGGUUCGGGUAAAACGUUCACCAUGAUGGGCGCGGACAUCGACAACUCAGACUUGAAGGGAAUCAUCCCCCGUAUCACAGAGCAAAUCUUCGACUCCAUCAUGGCCUCGCCCCCGAAUCUCGAGUAUCUGGUCAAGGUCUCGUACAUGGAAAUCUACAUGGAACGCAUCAGAGACUUGCUCGCACCGCAGAACGACAAUCUGCAGAUUCAUGAGGAGAAGAACAAGGGCGUCUACGUCAAGGGCUUGUCCGACUAUUACGUCGGCGGGCAAGAUGAUGUCUACGAGAUCAUGAGGCAAGGAGGUAAUGCUCGAGCCGUCUCGUCGACCAACAUGAAUGCAGAGUCAUCGCGUUCGCAUUCCAUCUUCCUGCUCACGAUCCAGCAGAAGAACACAGACACCGGUAGUCAGAAGACAGGUAACCUCUACCUUGUCGAUCUUGCCGGGUCUGAGAAGGUUGGGAAGACGGGGGCAAGCGGGCAGACGCUCGAGGAGGCCAAGAAGAUCAACAAAUCGCUCAGCGCUCUCGGUAUGGUCAUCAAUGCCUUGACCGACGGCAAGUCUUCUCACAUUCCCUACAGAGACUCCAAGCUCACUCGUAUCCUCCAAGAGUCGCUCGGAGGGAACUCAAGAACUACGCUCAUCAUCAAUGCCUCGCCCUGCGCCUACAACGUCGAUGAGACCAUCUCAACGCUCCGCUUCGGUGUGCGCGCCAAGUCGAUCAAGAACAAGGCCAGAGUCAAUGCCGAGCUAUCCCCCGCGGAGCUCAAAGCUCUUCUCAAGAAGUCGCAGACCGAAGCCGCGCGCUACCAGCAGUACAUUGCCGCGCUCGAGGCAGAGCUCAAGGUCUGGCGCUCCGGUGGCUCGGUUCCUGAGGCCGAACGCGCAGAGCUGGGCAAGAUGGGUGUCCCCGACGCUACAUCGCUGGCUGCACGAUCUGGAGCAACGCGCCCUCAAACUCCCGCCACUCCCAGCGGCAUCGAGGCUCUCAAGGAGCUCUCUUCGCGACCUGACACACCCACGGCCGUGUCUCUCGACCAAGACGAACGCGACGUCUUCCUUCGCCGCGAAAAUGAGCUCAGCGAUGCGCUCGCCAAGAAGGAGAACGAGUGCAAGGACCUCACCAACGAGAACGCACGUCUGCGCGAUGAGUUUGCUUACACGCAAGAAAGCGAAAAGCGCACAACUCACGACAAGGAUGCAGCCGUCGCGGCAUUGACUGAGCUCAAACUGAAGCACAGCGCCCUCGUCAAUGAAAACAAGGACUACCAGACGUCCAACGAGUCCCUGCGCGGCGAGCUCGAGGCUCUCACCGUCAAGCUGCAAGAGGCCGAGGCGACGGCCAACAGACGAGCUGCGGAGGACGACCCGGAGGCCGAGAACAGGCGCAAGGAGAAGGACGCUCGCGUCAAAGCCAUGCUUGAGUCUACUGCUGGCGUGCACGCUACGGCAGACCCUGCGAUGCAGCUCAGGGAGAACCUGAAGCAGCUAGAGGGUCCUGGAGACCAUAAGGAGAAGGUGUUGGACACGGUCGAGAAGCUCCACGAGGAGAAUCUCCAGCUGCAGACCCGUCUCAACGCUUUCAAGCUGGAGCAUGACAACCUGCUCAUAGACAAGGACAAUGCUGAGAUUCGUCUUCGUGACCUGCAGGCCGCGCACGCAAAGAUUGUCGCCCGAGGUGGGCAGGACGCCGGCGUUGACGUCAAUGACCUGCGAGCUGGCAUCGAGGCUCAAUUCCAGGCACAGCAGCGCGCUUUGGAGGACGAGGUGGCCGACCUCAAGCGCACGAUGGAGGCCAAGCAGCUCGAAUUCAGUCACGUUGAGAACGAGCGUGGCGCCCUGCGAAUGGCCAACGACGAGCUGCGACGAGCAUUCGCUUCAGCAGGCGGUGCUACUGGCGCUAGUGCGGGCACUGACGGCGCCAACGAGGCUGCAUCUGCUCAGCUCCUCGAGACCGCCAAAGAGAUGGAGCGUGUACGCAAGUCGAUGGCUGGACAGCUCUCCGACUUUGACCAGAUGAAGAAGAGCUUGAUGCGUGACCUGCAGAACCGCUGCGAGAAGGUUGUGGAGUUGGAGAUCUCCCUCGACGAAAGCAAGGAGCAGUACAACAACGUUGUGCGGUCGUCGAAUACCAAGGCUCAGCAGAAGAAGAUGGCCUUCCUCGAACGCAACCUCGAGCAGCUCACCAGCGUUCAAAAGCAGCUCGUCGAACAAAACUCAUCCCUCAAGAAAGAGGUUGCCAUUGCCGAACGCAAGCUCAAUGCACGCAACGAGCGCAUCCAAUCCCUCGAGUCACUCCUCACCGAAUCGCAGGAGCGCAUCAACCAGCAAAACGCCAAAUACGAGGCCCAGAUGGCUCUGGUGCGGGAGCGCUUCGAGUCCGCUCGCAACCUCAGCCGCAGUAUGGGAGCUGCAGGGCAAGCUCCGGGCGGCCAGGGAGGCGCCGCGGGUGCUUCUGCUGCGGCCAAUCCUGGUCUGGCUUUCGGGCGUAUCGCCAAGCCGCUGCGAGGCGGUGGCGCUCAGGCGGGCCCGCAGCCGGGCCCCGCUGCUCUACACUCGGGAGCUCCUAGGCAUCCGGGCGUGUCGAAUGUGCAGCAGCAGGCGGCCCAGUUUGAUAGCAAGUCGCCAAAGGCAAGGAGCAGCUGGUUCUUUUCGAGCUCGUAGGCGCGCUAUGCGAUGGCACACGCGCGGCAUUUCUCUCCCUCACCUUCACGAUCUUUCACUGCGAUCUUAAUGCUCCUCACACCCUUGAGGCCCGCUCUUCACUUGAUAUCCCUAUGACCGCUCGAUCGUGAAAUUUUAUAGAGCCGUCCCGAUGAUGUGGCGUGAAUGUGAUGAUGGCUUUGAGUGCUGAGUAAAUGAUACA